AUGGCCCCGUCGGCGCCGAAGAAGAAGCGCAAGGUGAACCUCCGGGAGAACGAGGAGGUCGCGGCCAGGAUCUUCGAGAAGCACCGCUCCAUGGCGGCGCAGCAGCCGUGCGGCCUCCCGGACCACCAGGCGCGCGCGCUCUCCGCCGCCUACACCGGCGUCUGCGCCGCCAAGGAGCCCGUCCGGACCCCCGGCGACCUGGCCCGUCUCAAGGGAGUUGGAGGUUGGGUUGUUGAUGUUAUGGAAGACUCCUUUCCAGGGUCCAGCCUUGAUUUGUCUCCUCCGACAAGUAAUACACCAGGAGAAAUGGGAAAGAAAAGAAAGCGAAACAAACCCUAUGUGCCACAGCUGAAUUCAGCUGCUUACGCAAUAGUGAUCACACUCUACAGGGAAAUGAUAAGAGGGACGGAGAUUAUGAAGAAGCAAGAGCUUAUUGAUGCCGCUGAAGCCAGUGGUCUGUCGCGAAAGGCAAUAGGCCCAAACAACUACAAAUCAAAACAAGGGAAUUCUGGUAGUGACUUCUACACUGGAUGGAGUUGCAUGAAAAACUUAACGGAAAAGGAUCUUGUUGUGAAAAAGAGUAACCCUGCAAAGUAUUACCUAACAGAAAAAGGCAAAGAGACUGCUCGCAUUUGUCUCACAAAGUCUGGAUUAGAUGAUCCUGCAGGACCUUUCACGGCGACCGGUCAUCCUGAAAGUGUUAUGCUCAGUGAUUCAGAUUCUGAUGAACAAGAAGGCAGCAGUCCCCUGAUAGGUUCCGAGAAUUUUUCUGAAAGGAGUGGACUUCCAAACUCAAAAGCAGGCAAUUCCAGUUCUUUUCCUACCAACAAUUGCCGUGCUACUAAUUCUCCUCUUUCAUCUCAAGGAAUGUUCGGACAGCAAUCAUUUAGUGCAAUGGGUUCUGCUGAAAACUCUCUACUAGCUAUGCCACCUCGUCAGUAUGAUAAAAGUUUUCUAGAUACUUAUGAAGUGGUGCUGAUAUUGGAUGAUCGAGAUACUUUUGGGGCCCGUGCCAGAAGAAAAGUUGUGGAUAACAUACACACGCAGUUUGGUGUACCUGUAAAGAUUAAACACUUGCCUGUUGGAGAUGCUCUUUGGAUUGCUCGCCAUAAACAACUUGGCACGGAGUAUGUUCUUGAUUUCAUUGUUGAAAGGAAAAAUGUGGAUGAUUUGCUUGGCUCAAUUAAAGACAACAGAUACAAAGAUCAAAAACUAAGACUGAAGAAAUGUGGGCUUAGGAAGCUAAUAUAUCUAGUUGAAGGGGAUCCAAACACUGUCGAUGGAUCAGAGAGCGUUAAAACAGCCUGCUUCACUACUGAGGUUCUUGAAGGAUUUGAUGUCCAAAGAACCAAUGGGUAUGCUGAUACUGAAAAGAAAUACGGCCACCUCACACGCUCUAUAAUUGAUUACUACAGAACAAACUUCUCUGCUGGUGCUGACACUUCUCGACUUUGCCUGACCUACGAUGAGUUUGUGAAAAGGUCUUCUGACCUUGAGAAGGUCACUGUGAGCGACAUAUUCGCCCUUCAGCUUAUGCAGGUGCCACAGGUGACCGAAGAAGUUGCUCUUGCCGUGACGAGUCUCUACCCCACUAUCCUCUCGCUUGCCAGGGCGUACAAGAUGCUUGAUGGUGAUAGGCGUGCCCAAGAGGAGAUGCUGAAGAACAAGAGCAACAUGGUCAACGCGGGGGCUAGCAAGAACAUCUUCAAGCUCAUCUGGGUCGAAUGA